AUGCGUUCUCUGUUGGCGGUAACGAGCCUGGCCAUCCUGGCAUUGAGCGACAGUUAUGCAACUGCAUCAUCAACAGUCAGAUGCAAUGCUACAGACUUGCACACCGUGUCCACCUCGAACGGACUGAUUACCGGUCACCCGGCGUCGAACAGCUCCGAUGUUCUCGAGUUUCUCGGGAUUCCCUAUGCGAAACCUCCAGUCGGCGACCUGCGAUUCGCUCAACCGCAGAGGUUCAGAGGCAAUGAGUCGUUUGAAGCAUCUCACUUCGGCUUCGACUGCCCACUUUCGCCCUCUCGCCAAGUUGACUACCCGAACAUGACAGCCCAAGCGCAGCGUAUCAUUGGAUAUUUCGCUUCUGCUGCCGGGACGCCCCAAAGCGAGGACUGCUUGACAUUGAACAUCUGGACAAAGCCAACAGCCAAAGCUCUCACCGCUACCAAGCCAGUCAUUGUCUUCUUUUACGGUGGACGUUUUGCCAUUGGCAACACCAACAGUCCUUUCUACAAUGGCAAGUACUUUGCAGAUGCCCAAGAUGUUGUCGUAGUCACAGUCAACUACCGCAUCAACAUCUUCGGGUUCCCAGGUGCCCCGGGUCAGCCUCAGAAUCUCGGCUUGAGGGACCAACGCGCGGCCGUAGAAUGGGUCCGCGAUAACAUUGCCGGCUUCGGCGGUGAUCCAGAAAAAAUCACUAUCGCGGGCCAGUCCUCAGGCGGUGUCGCCGUGGACUACUGGUCAUAUGCCUACAUCAAAGAUCCCAUCGUAAACGGCCUCAUUGCACCGUCUGGCAAUGCCUUCAGCUUCCCGCUCAACAGCCCAAAUGUGACUGUGCGAAACUGGAACACCGUGGUCGCGGCUGUGAAUUGCACCAAUACUACUGAUACUAUGGCAUGCAUGCGAAGUCGGAAAUGGGAGGAUAUCAAAGCUGCAGCUGCUGCCAUCAGGCCGGCGUCAUCCAGCAGCGUUCUUCGCGGUAUUCCACCGUUCUAUCCUUCGGUGGACAACAAAAUAGUCUUUCCUGACUACGUCUCAUUGACACAAUCUGCCCAAUUUGCCAAGCUGCCGAUUCUCUUUGGGAACAACCACAACGAAGAUGGAUACUACAGAAUUCCGGCGUACGGCAACGGCGUGAUCCCGACACAGGCGCAAGUCGAAUCAUUUCUGCUGGAAUCCUUCACCUGUCCGAACUCUCACCAGGGCCAGGCCCGUUCAGAUAACAAAGUCCCUGCGUGGGUCUACCGAUACUUCGGAGAUUGGGAUAACACAAGACUCUUCCCGACAAGUGGCGCGUACCAUGGCGUCGACUUGCACAUGAUCUUCGGCGCCUCAGGGGACGUGAGUGGAAUUCCGCCGUCCGAUCCGCAGAAGGAAACAACUGCACUCAUGCAGAGCGCAUGGGCGGCCUUUGCCAAUGAUCCGGCGGAUGGGUUGAGUUCGGUCCUCGGGUGGCCGAAGUUUGAUCAGAAGGAGGAGUCGCUGAUACUACUGGCACUUGAGAACAAUCCUGAGCCACAUUUUGUCAAGCCCAGCGCGUACGAUGCGCCGUGUUCUACAGUUACGUUGGGAGCGCUGGGAACUGCGGCACCCUCUUCAUGA